AGAAAGCUCAAACAACUGUCGUUUCCAUGUUUUUAUUUUGUUACCGUAAGAGCUAGUUAACAGUAACGUUGCUAGUUAGCUAUCUAUAUUUGUUUAGCUUUUCUUAGUUUGGUUUUCAUAUAUUACAUGUUCAUUUUAUUUUGAUCGACUAUGGGGAGGGAUUAUUAUGCGGCAUUGGAGAUAAACAGAAAUGCAACAGAUGCAGACAUAAAAAAAUCGUAAGUUUAGUUACUUUUUUAAAUCUUUGUCUCAAAAUGGCACAAGCUAAAACAAUGUUUACAUACAUUACAUUAGCUAGCCUACUAGAUACGUUUUCAUAAAAACAACAACAAUGCCUAGCUAUAUUUUUUGUCCCUGUAGAUACCGACGACUUGCCUUGAAGUACCAUCCUCACACUAACAGCAAACCGGGUGCUUAUGAAAAAUUCAAUCAACUUGCCGAGGCCUAUGAUGUUUUGAGUGACCGUAAGUAAACUUUACAACAAUCAGCAGUGUAGCCAGUGCUUGGGAAAAGCUUCAGAGACGUCAAGUCACAUAAAAUGAUAGGCCCACAAUAUUUAUUUUUCAGCUCGAAAAAAGGCAACAUAUGACAAGUUUGGAGAAGAGGGUCUGAAAGGAGGUAUCCCACUUGAGUCUGGGGAGAAUAGAGCUUGGACAUCAGCAUACAUCUACCAUGGAAACCCAGACAAGACAUUCAGGCAGUUUUUUGGAGGUGACAACCCAUUCGCAGGUAGGAAAAAGGACAUUCAGUAUUUUCUUUAUAUACGUUUUACUUGUUUGAUUUAUCUAAAUUAUCUCCAUAAUAAUGACAACUCUUCCUGUUCUUGCAUGAUAAUGCUUCCCUCUUCAGACUUCCACACGAAAGAUGGAAAUGAAGUGGCCAUUGGGUUUGGAGGCCUGCGAGGAAGAGGAGUGAAAACACAAGACUCCCCCAUUGAAAGGGACCUUCACUUGGCCUUGGAAGACCUCUUCUAUGGAUGUACCAAAAAGAUAAAAAUAUCUCGUAGGGUAAGAUGGGAUCAUAAUGCCUAAUGAGUGUUGAGAUGUCCCUCAAUCAACAUACCUAUAGGCCUAUAUUGAGUAGUUAAAAAAAGAAAAGCUCAAACUUUAAACAUUGUUAUUCUGUUCAGAUGCUGUACUGCUUACUUCAGGUAACCUACAGUGAGGAACAUAAAACAUUGAGUACAGUAUUUGUAUUGGGACUCUCAAGCAAUUCCCACAGUAUCGGAUUCAGUAUAAAUUUGCUCCACCUCUGAACCAGGUCAUGAAUGAAGAUGGACACACAUCCAGUAUCAAGGACAAAAUACUGACUAUCAUUGUAAAACCGGGAUGGAAUGAAAACACUAGGAUAACAUUCCCAAAGGAGGGUGAUCAGGUAAGAGAAUCGUCAGUGCUUAAAUUACAUCUUGUUGUGCUUUUUAGCUAUGCGUUUUACAGGUGUCAGUUCCCUCGGGCUCAAACCUGCCACAUUAAUGUUUGUACACAUAAACAUCUAGUCGUGCGGGGAGUGUCUGUGUUUCUCUUCUAUAGAUACAACUUAGCCACCAGUGUUGGGGAGUAGUUAACUACAUGUAGUUCAACUAGUAAUUUACUACAUUUUGUGGUAGCUUGGUGGUAGUUGAACACAAUUCAAAUCUAGGUAUUGUUUUCAGUAGGUUAUUACUUUUUUGCCAUGUAGCUAACUACUGGAACUACAUACUACUUUUUUGCAAAAAUAACAUCUUGGCAAUCAUUUCCUUUCUUUUUCGGCAUCAGACCUGCCUGAUUCUCACUUGAAACAUUAUUUGUCUUUAAUAGGCAUUCUGUUAACAUAUGACCCCAAACUGAUCUCUUCUUGCAUCGACGUUGUCUUUGAAAUGUCAGAUAUACAUAUACUUUCACGAAGUAGUUUGGAUGUAGUGAACUACUUUUUCAAAGUAACUUUAGUUAAGUAGACUAUAUUUUUUCUUAAGGGUAGCUUUAGUGUAGUUAACUUUUUCCAGUGUGAAGUAAUUGGUAGCUUGGUAAACUACACUGAACAAAAUAAUAUAAACGCAACAUGUAAAGUGGUGGUCCCAUGUUUCAUGAGCUGAAAUAAAGAUCCCAGAAAUUGUCCAUACGCACAAAAAGCUUAUUUCUCUCAAAUGUUGUGCACAAAUUUGUUUACAUCCCUGUUAGUGAGCAUUUCUCCUUUGCCAAGAAAAUCCAUCCACCUGACAGGUGUGGCAUAUCAAGAGGCUGAUUAAACAGCAUGAUCAUUACACAGGUGCACCUUGUGCUGGGGACAAUAAAAGGCCACUCUAAAAUGUGCAGUUUUGUCACACAACACAAUGCCACAGAUGUCUCAAGUUUUGAGCGAGCGUGCAAUUGGCAUACUGACUGCAGGAAUGUCCACCAGAGCUGUUGCCUGAGAAUUGAAUGUUAAUUCCUCUACCAUAAACCGCCUCCAAAGUCGUUUUAGAGAAUUUGGCAGUAAGUCCAACCGGCCUCACAACCGCAGACCAUGUGUAACCACACCAGCCCAGGACCUCCACAUCCGGCUUCUUCAACUGCGGGAUCGUCUGAGACCAGCCACCUGGACAGCUGACGAAAUUGAGGAGUAUUUCUGUGUGUAAUAAAGUCCUUUUGUGGGGGAAAACUCAUUCUGAUUGGCUGGGCCUGGCUCCCCAGUGGGUGGCCCUGGCUCCCAAGUGGGUGGGCCUAUGGCCUCCCAGGCCCACCCAUGGCUGCACCCCUGCCCAGACAUGUGAAAUCCAUAGAUUAGGGCCUAAUGAAUUUAUUUCAAUUCACUGAUUUCGUUAUAUGAACUGUAACUCAGUAAAAUCUUUGAAAUUGUUGCUUGUUGUGUUUAUAUUUUUGUUCAGUGUACAUAAUAAUAUUAAAUUGUCUUAAGAAGGAAAUAAAUUCCACAAAUUAACUUUUAACAAGGCACACUUGUUAAUUGAAAUGCAUUCCAGGUGACUACUUCAUGAAGCUCGUUGAGAGAAUGCCAAGAGUGUGCAAAGCUGUCAUCAAGGCAAAGGGUGGCUACUUUGAAGAAUCUCAAAUAUAUUUUGAUUUGUUUAACACUUUUUUGGUUACUACAUGAUUCCAUAUGUGUUCUUUCAUAGUUUUGAUGUCUUCACUAUUAGUCUACAAUGUAGAAAAUAGUAAAAAAUAAAGAAAAAUUCUUGAAUGAGUAGGUGUGUCCAAACUUUUGACUGGUACUGUAUAUAAAAUAAAUAAUACAAUAAAAUAACAAUAACGAGGCUAUGUACAGAGGGGUACCGGUACCGAGUCAUUGUGUGGGGGUACAGGUUAGUCGGGGUUAUUGAGGUAAUACGUACAUGUAAGAAGGGAUAAAGUGACUAUGCAUAGAGGGGAUGUAGCUCAGUUGGUAGAGCAUGGCGUUUGCAACGCCAGGUUUGUGGGUUCGAUAAAAUAAUGUAUGCGCUAACUGUAAGUCGCUCUGGAUAAGAGCGUCUGCUAAAUGACUAAAAUGUAAAUGUAAUAAUAAACAGAGUAGCAGCAGUGUCAAAAAACAAGGGGGGGGGGGGGGGGGGGGGGAUCAAUGCAAAUAGUCCAGGUAGUCAUUUGAUGAAUUGUUCAGCAGUCUUAUGGCUUGGGGGUAGAAGCUGUUAAGGAGCCUUUUGGACCUAGACUUGGUGCUCCGGUACCGCUUGCCAUGCGGUAGCAGAGAGAACAGUCUAUGACUUGGGUGGCUGGAGUCUUUGACAAUCAGUCUGACAAAACCCAUUCAUAAACAUCAAUAUCCUCAUUCAUAAACAUUAAUAUCCUGCCAGGCAGAAUUGAAUCUAUAUUUGACCGGCAUUUUAGCUAUCGAUGUGACGUUUGGUGGCGCCUAAUCAGUCAGUUCAGUACCUGCCUGGCUGAGUGGCAGUGUGGGUGGGAUGAGCGAGCUCACCUGGCAACCAGAGCGCAAAACACGUGAGGAAAUAAAACUCGGUAGUCUGCCUGAAAAAUUAAUUCCAAGACCAAUACAUUUUUCUAAUAUCUUUCAUAUUAACAUAUUUGAUCAUUUUCUGUUGUACUCUCAUUUUAAUUCAAGUACUUUUCAAGUACCAACUUGAGAAAAUGUCUGAUUAUCAAGUUAUUCCAGUACUUGAAUUUCAGAGUGCCAAAUUAAAGUAUUUUAAGCACCUCAAGCAACUUGUGGGAACCCUGUUAUGGUAUGGGCAGGCAUAAGCUACAACAACGAACACAAUUGCAUUUUAUCAAUGGCAAUUUGAAUGCACAGAGAGACUGUGACGGGAUCCUGAGGCCCACUGUCGUGCCAUUCACUCGCCGCCAUCACCUCAUGUUUCAGCAUGAUAAUGCAGGAUCCCAUGUCGCAAGGAUCUAUACACAAUUCCAGGAAGCUGAAAAUGUCCCAGUUCUUCCAGACUUGUCACUCACUGAGCAUGUUUGGGAUGCUCUGGAUCGAUGUGUACGACAGCGUGUUCCAGUUCCCGCCAAUAUCCAGCAACUUCGCACAGCUAUUGAAGAGGAGUGGCACAACAUUCCACAGACCACAAUCAACAGCCUGAUUAACUCUAUGCAAAGGAGUUGAGGCAAGUGGCGGUCACACCAGAUACUGACUGGUUUUCUGAUCCACGCCCUACCUUUUUUUAUUUUAAGGAAUCUGUGACCAACAGAUGCAUAUCUGUAUUCCCAGUCAUGUGAAAUCCAUAGAUUAGGGCCUAAUUUAUUUAUUUCAAUUGACUGAUUGCCUUAUAUGAACUGUAACUCAGUAAAAUCUUUGAAGUUGUUGCAUGUUGUGUUUAUAUUUUUGUUCAGUGUACAUUUUCAGAGUACCCUCCCCAACACUUUUUGCCACGUUGUGCUCAUUCAAGUCUUUGACCUGGUUGUUUCCUCCAGGGACCCAACAGUAUUCCUGCAGAUAUUGUGUUCAUUGUGCGGCAGAAGAGUCAUCCCCGGUUUGCAAGGCAACACAAUGACCUGGUCUUUACAGCCCAGAUCUCUCUGGAGAAGGUGAGAAGGUCAAAGUCUGACCCUGGAGGGAAAGUCCAGAGAGAAUGUUUCACUCAAUAGUCUGCUUUGUUUAACUCUCUUCAAAUCCCUGCGAAGUCACCUGGUGCUUUAUCCAGGUCAAAAUGGGUCACUAAAGAAUAAUUUAUUGCAGAUCUACUGUGCAACGAUUGUGUUCUGACUUGGUUAUUAAGCAAGGGCAUUCUGAUACCAGUUGUGGUUUAAUAUUACACUUUAGUUGGCAAAUGUUGAGUAGCAUAUCUAAAUAUGUCUCCCAUGUUGAGUAGAAUAUCUAUAUUUCUUCCCAAAUACUUUAGCCAUCAAAUCUGCAUUGAGAUCUUUCACCCCACAAUUAGUAUAUUCCUCCUCCUCCCACAGGCUUUGACUGGAUUCACUGUUGAUGUGGAGACACUAGAUGACAGGAUACUCAAUAUCCCCAUCAAUGACAUUGUGCAGUGAGUAGUGCUUUUACUAUUACCGUAUGGGUGGUAACUUCUUGACUUUGUUUAUGAUUGUAAGACAAUUUCACUACAUUAGUGUAAUAGAAAUAGAAUGAAUAGAACAGGCAUCCACAUUCAGGUCAAUUAUGGCAUACUGUAUGGACUGGCAGCCAUUGAGUGUACCCAUGCCUAAGACAAUUCCAUGCGGAAGCGUUCAAAAAUAAACAAAUUAAUGAGACCAGUGCCGUUGCUGGAUUCUACAGGAUUAGCAAUGAAAACGUGACCAGCAAUAAAGUGGCUGUAGAUCAUUUUAAAAACGUCUAAAUUAAAGUAAAGCAGUUAUGCGGAAGCUGGUCCCUUGUUGAAGAUUGUCGCAAAAAGUUAUGGGAUAUUUGAAUCCUCUAGUUUUAACCUGUAUAUUUUGAACCUAGACCCAUGCCAGGAAGUAAAAUCAGGCAUUGUACCCUUCAAUCUGUGCUGUAUCGCAUUAGUGGAAACCAAGACUUCUCAGGGCAGGUCUGCCGGUUUUUACUAGAAGUGACUUUUUGUAGCAGGUUAGGAUAAUUAAGUUAAGGGUAAGCUAAAAUGCUAAUUUUCAGGCCUGCCCUGAGAAGUCUUGGUUUCCACUAAUGAAAUGCGGCGUGAUUUGUUGAGUCAACUCAACUGUCUGACAUUACAAAAAAAUGCCAUUCCAUGAGCCACAUCAGUUAUCAUUGAAAUUAACAUUCUACAUUACCAUGGCAAUCCAGAAUUAGUUGAUAGAACAUUCCAAAUUACCAUGGAAAUUGCAUCACAAUACCAGGCAGCCAUUGCGAGUGUACCAGUCAAAUUGCCAGGGUUAGAGCUUCCAAGCCCGUUCCAUUUGUGAUUAGUGGACGCUACUACAGACUCGCAACCACCCUGCUGGUUUUAAGAGACCAUAAAACAGUAUGUGAUCAUGGUUUAGUAAAAUAAUUCUUACAGGACGUCAUUCGUACAUGAUUUGACAAAAGUGCAAGUGAAGGUUCUGAAUGGGAUAUCCCUGUAUGUCAAGAGUUUCAAUGACUUAUGCUAAAAUUCUCACUUCCCCACCCAGUCCCAAAUACAGCAAAGUGGUGUCUGGAGAAGGCAUGCCUCUGUCCCAGGAUCCCCCCCAGAGAGGAGAUCUCAUCAUCCAGUUUGACAUACAUUUCCCUCAAAAGCUCUCAGCCGAGAAGAAACGCCUGAUCAACCAAGCCCUAGCUUUCUGAAUAAAACAGCCAUUAAAUAAAGCCUGAUUUCAAACCUGAUUGGAAA